UAAGAAGAAGAAGAAGAACAGUGUGAUCUGACAAAUCAAUCCAAUUUAGCAGAGGAAAGUGAAAUCAUGGUGGGUUUGAAAGGGAUUCUAGGGUUUGAUUAUGGAAUAGUUCAGGCGCCAUUAGGACCAGAUAUAUCCGGACCAGAGCUUGUAGCAGCCGUCGCUAAUGCCGGAGGGAUUGGUCUUCUCAGAUGUCCUGAUUGGGAGUGUCCUGAUUACUUGAGGGAGCUUAUAAGGAAGACAAAGACAUUAACAGACAAACCAUUUGGGAUCGGUGUUGUUCUUGCGUUUCCUCAUGAUUUGAACAUUAAGGCAAUCUUAGAAGAGAAGGUUGCUGUGUUGCAGCUUUACUGGGGUGAUUGUUCACUGGAGCUUGAUGGUCUCUUUUCAUUGUUGCCAAGAGUGGUGGAUUUAGUUGGGGAAAGAGAUAUCCCUGUUAUUGCUGCUGGAGGAAUUGUGGAUGCACGCGGUUAUGUUGCAGCCUUGUCACUAGGCACAAGAUUCGUGGCGACUCAUGAGAGCUAUGCACACCCAAUAUACAAAAGGAUGUUGACUGAAUAUGAAAAAACUGAGUACACAGAUAUAUUUGGAAGAGCGAGGUGGCCUGGUGCGCCGCAACGUGUUCUGGAGACACCUUUCUUUGAUGACUGGAGAUCUCUUCCGGCUGAUGAGAAUGAAGUUAACCAACCUAUUAUUGGACGUUCCACCAUACAUGGCGUUGAGAAGGAGAUAAGAAGAUUUUCAGGAACAGUACCGAACAUGACCACAACAGGCGACUUAGAGAGUAUGGCCAUGUAUGCAGGCCAAAGCGUAGGACUUAUCAAGGAGAUUUUACCGGCUGGAGACGUAGUGAAAAAUCUUGUGGAAGAAGCUCAGCUUCUGAUCCUCCAAAAGUUCACCAAUGCUUCAUGAUGCAGUACUGCCGCCUCAAAAAUCAUGAGACAACAAAAACACUUCGAAUAGCCUCAUCUAAUAUAAUAAGGUAACCCCUUCUGUUGUAUAUCAUGUUGUGAUCCAUUCCUCCUUAAACCACCAGACUGUAGACCUUAUGGUAUUGAAUAUAAGUAUAACUCUUUUAAUUACA